AUGCUCGUGGAACCAAUUUAUCUCAUCGACAUCAAGUUCCUUCUAAGCGCCAUGCUAUUCUCAAGCAAAACAUUUGAAUGCGACAGCCCAGAUUUCGCCAUUUAUUCUAUACCUGACAACGAACAGUUCCUUGUCCGUCGCGACAUUUUAAACGGGAGCCAGGUCUUCAAUGAUAUGUUCGCAUGUUGCUCGUCCGGGGGGUCAACUGAUACCCCUCUGGAUCAACUGAAAAUUGACGAGAAGGCUGAGACACUCCAUCUCCUGCUCCAGUUGCUGCAUUCACCACCCCCGGCGCCCAUUCAAAUCCACAUCAAGAACGAAUCAGAGAUUUCCCAAAUCCGUACGAGGACGCAUGAAUCAGAUUCUAUGAUACCUUGGCCGUUGCUACCAGCGCUGCUACAUCUGGCCGAUAAAUAUAUGCUCUCGCAGCACUUGGUAGAUUCCCUUCAUGAACAUCUCCUGGCUCAUGCCCCCGUCUACCCCCUGGAGGUCUACGGUUUUGCUUGUCAACAUGGUCUAGAUCGGAUAGCCACCAAAGCAAGCAAAUAUAUACGACCAGUUGCUGGAUUUAGCAUCCAAGAAAUCAAGGUCAUACCAACGGUGGAAGCUUAUCAUAGGCUUGUGCAAUUGCAAGACAACCGUGUCAAGGCAAUGCGCAAGAUCUUGCUUGAGGAAGACAUGUUCCCAUUUAACUAUGGGAUAUGUCUACCUCACCACGAGGAGGCGAGGGCACUUUGGGACAAGGCUCGAAGGAGACUCAUUGGGCGUAUUGAGACCGACACGGACGUCGGAGGUGAGAUGGCAUAUGUAUCAGAAUCGUUUGAUUCAUGUGAUGCUUGUAGUAAAGCCUGCACCGCCGCUGUAGAAAUGCUCUCUUAUAAAUGCAGCAGGGUAACCAAGGGUAUCAAACUGAAAGCGCCCCCGGUCUGA